ACAUUAUAUACAUAUGUGACCAUAGUGACAUAGCUAAACAAAAAGGUAUAUUCAACAUUUCUUAAAGAAGAGCUUCCAUAUUUCCCUUAUGAAUUUAUUUUAUUUUCGGAAAACACUUGAGCAAGAUUAAUAGGUUUUGAAAACGUUAAUUUAAUUGUGGAAUCUCAUUAAUGUAACAAUAAUAACAAAUUAGGGUAGCAAGCAUUUUUUAAUUAAGAAACACUUUCAUGGCCAACUUCUUGAGAGCUUACUUUACUCUAGGCUGCCGGCUGAUGUUUCACUGACAUCGACUAGACACGGAAAGUUGGAAAGACCCCGGACUCCCAGGACCCCAGGAGCUGCUCGGACUCGGGGGUCGAGGGAAUCGAGUGGGCCUGCAAGAGCCCUUGACUGCCCACUUUUAUUUACAUGUACUGCUGUUAUUUUGUAUUUAAUUUAUUUUCCAACGUUCACGUUGUCGGAGGGCGUUUCGACUGGCCCUACCCUUGGCUUUGGCUGGCUCUAUUGAUUUUUAAGUCUGGGAUUUUACGAGCCUGCAGCAAACGGUGAAGACGCUGUUGUAAUACUCUCUAAGUGGGAAAAAUAUUAAACUCUAUCAAAAUUGUCGAUUUUUAAAUUCCUGGAACUACGAGGGGUAAACAUGCUUCUUCAUUGACUUUCCAAUUAAGGCUAAGACCCAUUUGCAUAAAUACUGACUAAGCUAACAUACUUUGCUCGACUUCCUCUCAGAAAUGUUUGAAAUCAGCAAACAAGAAUUAAUUAAAACAUCACGUAAUCGUCAUUGCAAUCGCGAUCGUCGUCGUCGCCGUCGUCAUCGGAUUCAGAUUCAGAUUCUGAUUUGGAGCCUCGGGGGGCGCCAAUGUCAGUUGGACGCCGGGGCGUGACAUGUCCACGUACGCAUGUGGUUUCCCUCUGGACAGGCCCAAGUCGAGUGGUUAUGAAUUCAAAUCGAUUCAAUAGAAUUCAGGCUGAUUCAGCCGGCGGCGCUGUAGAGAAUUUAAAUAGAGAACAUUAUUUGUUGCCCAAAGCAAGUGUUCCAGUCGAGACUAUUGCGGUCCAUAGGCAUUAAUGACAAAUUGCGAAUCGACGAUCGGGUGCACCGAGUGACUCACUGUGAACCUGACAUCUUAUCAUCGGUGCCAUAAAUAAGGCCAAGGGCCGACCACAUUCGCCAAGCGCAUCUGGCAUUCGGGGCUCUGUUCUCGACAAAGGCCCCGCCGUAAUUCUUUGUUGCAGUCUUCAUAAAUUCCAUUUUACAUACGCCAGUGGCACCAGGCCCCCUUGGCUUGGACAAUCCCAACUGGUUCGCUCGUCCCUGCCAAAUAUUCUUAAUGACUUGUUUGUGUGCUGGAUUAAAUAUAAAUUAUAUUUUUUGCUGCCUGGGCUUUCGCGGAGAGGGUCGAAGGAACCAGUUUCGAUUUGGAAAUAAGUAAACUGUAUUCCAUGGAACUUUUAUGGCCUUUGCAAAGGAAUUCUCUAGCGAUGUUCAAGUAUGGCUGGGAGUGAAUUCAUAUUGCCAUUCCGUAUGCAGCAAGUGGGAUGUUCGAUUCCAGGCAGCCCUCUACAGCUUCCCUUGGCGGAAUAAUCGAAUCUGGGUCAAAGUGCUUGAUUGAAAGUAAAUGAAGAGGGAGUAGUCAGAAUUAAGUCAAAUCAUAUUUCUUUUGAGCGGUUCUUCGACGUUUUAAUUAGUCGUCUCCGCUUCGGGCGCUGUGACACAAGAGGGCAAAAUAAUUGGCUCAAUGCGAAGACUCUCGAUUGGAUUUCAUUGUGCGGCAAAUGCUCCAGCCGGCCAGUAAGUAAACCCAUCCAGAGCAGACUCUGUAUGUCAUUUGGAUCAAUCAAUCAGGGGAUUUGGGUUAGCACGGCUCUGGCCCAGAAAUAUGCCCCACAUAAAUCAACGGAGGCCUGCAAAAAGAUUGCUCAUAAAAUAUAUGGCAAAGCCCGAAUUAAUUUGCAAUGAAAAUGUGCGAAAAGAUGCAAAAUGCCGGAAUUCACAGUAAAAAAUUGACCAGAGCAUAAGUUUAACGGUGCGGCUACGAAAAAUGUUGUCAAAUAAAUAAAAAUACGAAGCACGCAAGACCGAAACCCGAGCAAGUCCGGGCCAUGUGGGGACUCUGACAUGCAUGGGAGUGUGGAAUCUUACCUCCCCGGCCUUAGACGUCGUCGACCGUAAGCUGAGGGAAAUGGUUGCGGGCUGCUGGUGGGAGGGCGGUGGCUGGGGCGGAAAAAAGCUGAACUUGAAAGCUGGCAGGGGAUCAAUAUUUUAUAUAAAGUUCGAAAAAAUCUCUUCCGAGCAUGUUUAUGAAAAUGCAACCGGAAAUCGAAUGUCUGUCAGGGAGAAUUUCUAUAUUGCAGACACCCGAGAAAAGCAGCCAGAUAGGGGCAGGGCAGGGCUGCCUGGUACCUUCCUCAUUCCUAUGUAAAUUAUGCAAAUAAGUCAACACUAGGCGGGAGAAUGUGUGUGAAGCUUUCUAAAAUACUCCCUGGCGGACUCUAAAUGAAUCAUAUGGCAAAAGGCAUUUGAGAAUCUCAUGCUUUUAGAGCAGCAUCUCCUUUCGGUCCUUCUCCUGUGACACUUCUCUCUACGUCCUGCCAGCCAAUAUUACGUAUACGUAACGUGAGGCUAGAAUCUCGGAAUCCAUAUUGGAGAAAGUUUUGCGGCGGAGUCUGGAGAAUUGUCAAUUUCAGCUGCCGACUCCGACUUCGUCCGGACUCCUGGUCCGGGAGCUUUGCGCCUUGGCAGAUGAUUUUGCCGGAUUUGCCUUAGAAGAAACAUUUGUCUCUCAGCUGAAGUUUAGUCAAAGAAGUUUACGACGCUUAAAGUUGCGAUUCGGGCUGCCGUGUGGGGACUCACCUGCCUGGGGUAAGAUAAAAAGGGGCUCGAAUCCAGGCCGGAGCAUGUGAGAACUCAAUCCAAAGCUGCCCACAAUCUAAUCCCUGGUCAUAGGCCGUCUUACAUCGGGUUUAAUUAACGACAUGGACGUCCUGCGGUGGAGGACUUAGCUUGGUCGGAGCGAAACUUGAGCGCAUAAAUUAAAGCCUGAGCUGGAACUUAGGAAUGCUAAUGAUGUCCUCCGGCCAGCUGCCCCCUCCACCGCGUCCUAUUCCCGGAUAAUAAUGCUUUGCAUAUAAUCAAGCAGCCCAUGCAUGACCUUUCCACAUUCUGGGAUUCCGCUUCGCAAGUCCGAUCUCCUUGGGCGGCUCACCGUGCUAAUCCAACAACUUGCUUGUCAUUACCCCAGGAUGUAGGCAGGGGCCGGCUGCCGGAAGAGGAGGGGUUCUUUUGGUGAGGGGAGGUAGAAAAAAACGUUCAUUUGCUCAAUCGUGCACUCGAAAAUGUCAAUUUACAUUUGCGAACUGGCUGGCGACGCACUUCCAGCAGCGGGAAAACCGGGCGCCAGACUUGUGCCAUCCGGGCCAGCUUAAGUUGACUUUAACGCCUCAAUGCAUCCAACUAGAAGAGCCCGACCCAGUCGAAGGGAAUCAUUUCACAUAAGAGAAAGUUUUUUUGUGUGUGCAACAGUGAAAAAAGGAAAACUUUUUAUUAAAGUCAGCACAAAUAGCUUGGACUCGUUUGGGCUUUGGGUUUGGAUUUCUUUCCCAGCCCAGCCCAGCUCCGGCACGCUCCCCUCGCUCCAGCCUUUCCCUCUCUCCUCCUCUCCCUCCCUCACGGCCUCCCACUCACGAAUGUGCUUGACAAUGUGGGCGGGGCCCUGGACUCUGUCUGUUGCUCUGGUCAAGUUAAUUUGUAUGUGUGGCCGUAAACUUUUGCAGCUUAGAGUUUCCAACACGCCUCGAUGGCUAGUGGGCUGGGGGCGCAUGUGGAUGGAUGGACGGAUGAAUGGAUGGAUGUUGCCGCAACGGAAAAGUGGGUUCGGACCUUCUCCCCUGAUAUCUCAAAUGCCCAGUUCUGACUCCGUCCACAAUGUGUGAAUUUUGUUAGCUUAUUGCUUUUCUAUGCCGCAUAAUUGCUGACUUCUUUCCCACAUUCGCACACAUCAUUGCACUGCUCCGGAAGGGACUUCGGAUGGGACCGGUCGGGUGUGUUUGCGACGUUUUGUCCUUAAGUAAGGCGCAUAAAUCAUCGGGGGCUGCGGCGGAGUCCCGAAAUUUAUGCUUGGUUGCAUUUCUGAAGCUCUGUGGGGACGAGGGACCGAGGUCCAAAUGUUUGGCCAAUGGGCAGGAGAGAUAAGGACCGGCAGGGUGCGCGCAGGCGACCCAACCAAAUCAAAAGAAAAGCUUCUGGCGCUUCUGGGGGGUGCUAUUGAGAUCGAAGGUGUGGAGCUCCAGUCCCCAAUACACACAACUGUCGGCUUCCGCUAGUUAUCCAAAGUGUUCUUCGUAUAGUUUCGCCCAUCGCUUGGGGUAGCUAGGCAACUUCACUUAGGUGGGACGCUAAGGCAACCAUCGGUUGUUAGGCAAAACAAAAUCGGCCCCCACGGCUGUUUCUGCAACGCCAUUAAAUUCAGUUUUCUCUAAGGUUUUCCAGAUUGCAUAACCGAGAUCAAUUCGCUCCCAAAAUGCCCUGCUUCUCUGCCUCGAACGUUCGUUUUGUCAGCGCCGAGUCGCAGAUGCAGCAGAAGUGCCAAGAGUUAAGGGCCCGGGCGCGAGCCCAAACGGCGGCCUACCGGCCUCCAGCCGGCGGCUUCCGUCCCUCCACUUCGCUGCCAAUGGCUUUUGCCUCUUUCAAGAGAAUGACCUGCGACCAAUCCGCGGCCUACGACCAAAAACAGCUGAAGCGCAACGAACGGGAACGGAAGCGUAACCAGGGCACCAAGCAUCUAGUCCUCCGGGCCAAUGAGCUACGCCGACUGAAGGACCAAGGGAAGGUGGCCACGGUGAGCGACAGGCUGCAGGACAUCGAUCGGCAGGAAGAAAAGCACCGUCAGCAGCUGCAACUGGUGGAGGAGACGCGCAGACGCUUCAAGGCCAUCGACGAGGCGCGAGGACCGGCACCCGACGAUGACGAAGGCGCCAGCACUGAGUUGGCCGAGCUGCUCGAGGAGAAGGGGUCAGUACUGAGUCGAGCGUUCCUGGCUCGGCAGGAGCAGGAAGAGGAGGUCAAGCAGAUAAACCGCAUGAUUCUCGACGCCAAGUGCAAGGCGGUGCGCGAGGCGCAGAUCCAGGAGAAGCAUAUGCUGGCUAAGGCGCUGCGGGAGGAUGACGAACGUCUGGCGCGCAUGGUCAACGAACGGGCCCAGCAAGCUCUGACCGCCGAGGACGAGCGGGAGCGGCUGGAGGCAGAGAAACGUAACCGCUAUGCCCACGAGAUCCGCCAGCAGCUGAACGAGCGCGAGAACCGGCGCUACCUGGAGGCCAAACGCGUUGCCGACGAGGCCAAGGACAUUCGCCGAGCCACGGAGCUCCUGCGCGAACAGGAGGAGCAGCAGCGUGCCUUUGCCCAUCUCCGCAAGCAGCGCUUCCGAGAAGAGCUGCAACGCAUUCGGAAUAUGUCUAACGUGUUCAAAACCAUGCUCAGUGAGCAGGAGCGACUGGCCGAGCUGCGCGUCACCGCCUACAUGCGCGAGAAGCAGGAGAAGGAGCGCCAGCUGAAGGAAAUGCAGCGCCUGGCGAAAAAGGAGUUCGAGCGGCGCCAGCAGCGGAUCUUCACAGUGGCCGCCGAGGCCAUAGAGACGCGGCAGGCUAACGAUGAGCUCAAGUAUCUGAAGGAUCGCGACAGGGUGGAGCGCGAGUACCGGAGGCGCGAGAAGGAGGCGGCCAUUGCGAAGCGCGAAGUGGAGAGGGACCUGCUCGAGUCACGGGCUCAGCAGGCACAAGAGAUGAAGCAGCGCCUGGCCUUGGAAAUAGCCCACGCCGAAGAGGAGUUCGGCAAGGUGAUGGACCGUAUGCGCGAGGAAGAGGAAAAGCAGAAAGCCCUGGACCGACAGCGCGACUCCCAGCGCCAGGUCUACCGACAGGACCUGCGUCAGCAGAUAAACGACAAACAGGCCGAGCGCCGCCGCCUCAGCGAGUUGGAGGCAGAGCGGGUUCAGAAGUGGCUCGACCAGGAGAAGCAGCGCGACUCCAACAUCCGUCAAGUGAUUGGCGCCAAGAUUGCAGCCAUGCGGGAGAACUGCCUGCCGGAGAAGUAUCUGCGGGAGGUGGAGAAACAGCUGAGGGGCAUCCAGGGAACCCGCAACCGCAUUCGUUGAUGGCUUUCAUUUAAAUAUAUCUUUUAAUUCAAUGUAUCUCCUAAUUCAUCCUCCCAAUAUGCACCAAAUUUUGAAAGAAAUGCGCAAUAAACGAUAAUUUUAUCUGAAAAGAACUCGACUUGUGCCCUUCGUCAGAAAAGAUACACGCACAAAUUGAAAAUACACCAACAUUGCCUUCUUAAAACAGAACAUAGUUUUUCUAUUUUCAUAAAUGAUUUUCCCUAGACUUUUUCCAAAUUCUCGUAUCAUUUCCGCUUUCAGGGUUUCCAAAUCAAUUAACCAGUUUGUGUUCACCCAAAAGUCUGUCUUAGUUUUGAUUCACAGAAAUUUCUUCGCAGCCGCAAAGUAUGCCAAGGAAGUGGGAGCAGUACCUAACGGGCGAGAGAAAUCAAAGAACCGUCAUAAUGACGAGGCGACAUUGUUGCGCUCGCGGUAAAAAAGGCCACCCAUGCUCCUCGCUAAUUUCCAACUAUGUGGGCGGCUGGCAUCCGCCGCCUCCACCCGGCCCACUUUCCCCGCGGGCGCGCAAAUGGGAGUGCGGGCGACGCACACCACAAACAAUUACCGUGGUGGCAGGAGGGGAAAACUACGGCCUCAGAGCCAGGGAAAAAGUGGUAGCCAACUUUUGGCUACAAUAAAAUUUUAUUAUGCCACACACAUUCUCGGCGCACACAGGCAAACAAUGGAGCUGACGAAGUUGAUGCUGAAGCUGAAGACGCUACCAACAACGACAGCGGCAACGGCAACGGCAACGACGAAGUCUUGUGCAUGGUUCAAUUAUCGUAUUUCAUGAUUCGUUAAAUUUUCGCAUACGCCAAAAAAUACGAAAGACAUGCCCCGCCACCCAUCCCUAGCUCCUGCCCAGCCCCCAGCGCCCAACUCAGCAUCCAGCCGCCCAGCAAUCUGCGGGCAAGGAAAAGUCAGGGCGAGGAACUGGUUUUCCUUGCCAGCCAUUGUGAUGACUACCUAGGAGGCCCGGGGAGUGCCGACGGGACACCCGUUGCUGCCACUCGCAUAAGGCUGUAAUAAUUCCAAUAACAAUAAACGUUGUCGUAUUUACAAGUAGCACACACGCGCACUCUGACGUGAAUUGAUGAGAAAAGUUUUUGAGGAAAUGUCAAUAGAGAAGCGGAGACAAACUACGUUCACAUGUGCGAGGGAGUCUGCUACACUGGGACUGCGUGACUGUGGGCAGAGGGGUAUUGGAACAGUGGUUCAGAAGGGCGCCAGUCACCUAAGCACCCUACAGGACACAUGAACAAAAAUAGUUUCAUAAUUUUGAUUUAUUAAUUAAUAUUUCAAUAUUAAAAGGAUCCUCGAACAAAUUUUUUAAGAUUAACAUCUUUUAAAAAGUUUCUUUGUAUAAAAUAAUAUAAAAUACGCUAUAAUAAAUAAAUAUAACUUUA